AUGGCAUUCUCUCCAUGGAAGCUGUCCUCUCAGAAACUUGGCUUUUUUCUGGUGACUUUUGGUUUUAUUUGGGGAAUGAUGCUUCUGCAUUUUACUAUUCAGCAGCAAACACAACACGAAAGCAGUUCAGUCCUGCGUGAACAAAUUUUGGAUCUCAGCAAAAGAUACAUCAAAGCAUUAGCUGAAGAAAAUAAAAAUGUGGUUGAUGGACCUUAUGUUGGAACAGUGACAGCAUACGAUUUGAAGAAAACCCUUGCUGUCUUGUUGGAUAAUAUCUUGCAGCGCAUUGGGAAACUGGAGUCCAAAGUGGAAAAUCUUGUACUAAAUGGAACAGGAGCAAACUCUACCAACAAUACUACCACUCCGGCUCCCAGCUUAGGAGCAGUCGAAAAGCUUAAUGUAGCAGAUCUCAUAAAUGGAGCCCAGGAACAGUGUGAAUUGCCUCCUAUGGAUGGUUUUCCUCACUGUGAAGGGAAAAUAAAGUGGAUGAAAGAUAUGUGGCGAUCGGAUCCCUGUUAUGCAAGUUAUGGUGUAGAUGGGUCCACGUGCUCCUUUUUUAUUUACCUCAGUGAGGUUGAAAAUUGGUGUCCUCGUUUACCUUGGAGAGCAAAAAAUCCUAAUGAAGAAACUGAUCAAAAGACAGUGGCUGAAAUUCGUAUCAACUUUGAUCCUCUCUACAAAAUGAUGUCAAGGCAUGAGGAAUUCAGGUGGAUGAUGUUACGUAUCCGACGAAUGGCUGAUACCUGGAUUGAAGCAAUUAAAUCACUUGCAGAAAAACAAAAUUUGGAGAAGAGAAAACGAAAGAAGAUUCUUGUUCAUCUGGGGCUUUUGACAAAAGAAUCUGGAUUCAAGAUUGCUGAGAAUGCGUUUAGUGGUGGCCCGCUUGGUGAAUUAGUCCAGUGGAGUGAUUUAAUUACGUCUCUCUACUUACUGGGCCAUGAUAUCAGGAUUUCAGCUUCACUGGCAGAGCUCAAGGAAAUUAUGAAGAAGGUUGUAGGUAACAGAUCUGGCUGCCCUACCCAGGGAGAUAAAGUUGUAGAACUCAUCUACAUUGAUAUAGUGGGACUCACUCAGUUUAAGAAAACCCUUGGCCCGUCGUGGGUGCAUUACCAGUGUAUGCUAAGAGUUCUGGAUUCCUUUGGAACUGAACCAGAAUUUAACCAUGCCCAUUAUGCUCAGUCUAAAGGCCACAAAACACCAUGGGGAAAGUGGAACCUUAAUCCCCAGCAGUUCUAUACAAUGUUCCCUCACACUCCAGAUAACAGCUUCCUUGGAUUUGUGGUAGAGCAGCAUUUGAAUUCCAGUGACAUUAAACACAUUAAUGACAUCAAAAGGCAAAAUCAAUCUCUCGUUUAUGGCAAAGUAGAUAAUUUCUGGAAGGACAAGAAGGCUUAUCUGGAUGUCAUUCACACCUAUAUGGAAGUCCAUGGAACUGUUCAUGGGACAAGCACGAUUUAUAUUCCUGGCUAUGUAAAAAACCAUGGCAUACUCAGUGGGCGGGAUCUGCAGUUUCUACUGAGAGAAACCAAGCUGUUUGUUGGUCUUGGAUUUCCCUAUGAAGGUCCUGCUCCUUUAGAGGCUAUUGCUAAUGGAUGUGCUUUCCUAAACUUAAGAUUUAAUCCACCAAAAAGUAGCAAAAACACAGAAUUUUUCAAAGGCAAGCCGACACUCCGAGAGCUAACAUCUCAGCAUCCCUACGCAGAAGUCUACAUUGGGAAGCCCCAUGUCUGGACUGUAGACAUCAAUGAUCUUUCUGAAGUGGAGAAGGCUGUGAAAUCAAUUUUGAAUCAAAAGAUUGACCCUUAUUUGCCCUAUGAAUUUACCUGCGAGGGAAUGCUUCAGAGGAUGAACGCGUUUAUUGAAAGACAGGAUUUCUGUCAUGGGCAAGUGAUGUGGCCCCCACUAAGUGCCCUUCAAGUGAAAAUUGCUGAACCAGGGAAAUCCUGUAAACAAGUUUGUCAGGAAAGCCAGCUCAUCUGUGAGCCUUCCUUCUUCCAGCAUCUUAACAAGGACAAAGCUCUGCUUAAGCAUAACAUCGAAUGUCUCACCGUCGAGUCUGCAAAUGAUAUUCUGGUCCCCUCUUUUGAUGGAAGAAGGAAGCACUGUGUUUUCCAAGGUGACCUCUUACUGUUCAGCUGUGCUGGAUCCCACCCGACCCACAGAAGAAUCUGUCCGUGCAGGGACUACAUUAAGGGACAGGUUGCGCUUUGUAAAGACUGCCUAUAGCAGCAGCAGGGCUUCUUUUGAGUAGAGGACAAAAUGUAAGUAGUUUUGAGAGGAGCUACUUAUUAAUUCCUGCACUUCUGUCCAGGUUUUUUUGCUGCAGGCAGAGCUAUUAUUGCUGGGCAGAAUUAUCUACUGAGAGGAGGGAUUGAUAGCAAACAGCUAACUGAUCUUUUUUCCUGUAAGAACAUUUGCAGUGCAACUCUUCAAAUUGCUUCAUCUGUUUGCGAAGAGAAAUGAGUUUCGUGUUCUCCAGUGAUUUGAAGAUGACUGCACAGAAUAAUUUGUAGAAAACUCCCAGGCCCAUCAAACUUCUUUUUUUGUUGUUUGAGUGAAGUGUUUUCUAUUUUUUAAUGAGUUUGAACAUCCCCGGUCGUGGUUAGCGAAAAGAUCUCAGCAUCAUUCCAGUAGAAAAUUGAAAGAUGUGUGUUUGGGGGGUGGGUGUGGGGGGAGGAAGGACUAAAAUUUAUUCUAAUGCACUGUUUGGGGUACUGCUUUGUCUUGAAUGGCUACAAAGUGGUUUACUUCACAAGAAUUUGGUAUCACAAGAUAGCUCUAUAUUCUAUAAUUGGGUUAUCUGGGCCCAGUUCUUUUUGUUUGAUUUAAACUUUGUAUACAAGGUAUUGUCUGCAUCACAGCUGCUGCACCAGAGCAGUCCGAACAGAAAGUGCUAGGAGUGAGCAAACAGGCAGUGUGUGACCCGACAAGCAGCUUGGGUCGGGGCAUUCUUCAGUGUGGAAAAGCUACAAAGACAUACUGCCUUCUUAGGAAUGGACUUGUCAGUUUCCUGGUCCCAUUUUUAAAGUAAUCCUUGGAAUUUGCCCAUGCUUCUGUUGUAGUCUGUCUACUAGAAAUACUGUGUGAAGCAAAAAGUAUUCAGCAUCUUUGGAGCAAUAUUAUCGUUAGAGCCUCAGUUUGCUGCGCCUUCCAGUAGUUAAAGUGUUGCUGAAUGACAUAGAAAGGUUAAACUAAGCUAACUAUAAUUAUUGUAUGGUAGAAAUGUAAAACGUCUUCAUAACUAGCUAGAUUUUUAAAGAGAAUUUUUUUCUGAAGAACAGGAGGAGACAAACAACUGCUAAGAAAAGUAUUGACUGAUCUUAUGGAUUCUGUGGUUGUUUUUGUCUUGGGGAGGGGAGGGUUGUGGUGGCUUUUUAGGUUUUCUUUUCUGCUUUUUAACAGGCACACCAGUUAUAAAUUGAGAAAAUGGAAGAGUUUGAAUUCAAACUUUCUUUGAAGCAGCACAUUAAAUUUUUGACACCACUUUCUUUUUGUAGAGGUAACUAUGGUUCUUCUCAGCAGAAGGUGGCAGGCUUGGCAGCGCCAUUUGUAGGCAGGAAACAAUUUGCUAAGGUCAGUGAGAAACCAGCCCAUGGUGUAUUUUGAAAGCAGUCGUAGUUGGCACAUUUGAAACUUGAAUGUGUUCUUUCUAUGUUGAAAAAAACUCAACUUGGCGUGAAGGUUUUUUUCAUAAAGAUGAUCAUUACCAAGUAAACAUGAAAAGCAUAGAAACUUUUACUUUCCAAUUCUUGGAUAGAUCUGGUUCACACCAAUUUUUCUUGCACCUGCACUCAUUCAUUGUGUGCGAGUACUGAUGCAUCUCUUGGCCUACCGUAGACCAUUCAAGGGAGCUGCUUUUUAAUCUCGGAUAAAUUUUCAAAACAAAGAGAACUGAAAAUUAUGAAGUUUCAAUGUGAAAGCAGUGAAUUUACCUUUUUCCCAUUGGUUUCCUGCCUCAGCACUCCCGAUGGUGUUACGCUGUAACACUAUGUACACUGGGCUGCUGUGAACACAGGAACGUAAUCCUGGCAGGCUGCUGGGCAGCCACAGGGCUAUGUGGGAACGCUGAAGAGCCGGGAUGCCAGGAACUGGCUGCGAUGGUGGUAAAAUCUGCUGUAUCUUAGCUUUCCAAAACCAGAAUAACAGGGCCCUUUAAUGGGAGGCAAACAUUUUGUAUGAAAAGAAAAACACAAACUGGUGUGUGCAUUCUUACUGUUAGCAUAUCUCAGCAUUUGCUUCAGUCAACAGAAGCGUAGUUUGCAAUAGUUUUAAUACCCCAGCAGAGCUGGAGGAGGAGGAUUCGACAUGGGUCUGAGCAGAUGCAACAGUUCAUUUUGUGUUUAUAUCACGUAUUCCCCACACAGCCGUGCGUAUCUGUGUGACUGAAAGCCCUGCGUAUUAACAGCAGCGUGUACUUCUACCUGGUGCUCAAUGUGAGGGCAACAGCAGAGAUUUGUCUUUCCUAGUUCAGCCUGAGGUUCUUCAGGCAGGAUUUUAACUCAGAACGACAUAUCAGAGAAUUACAUCGGAAACAAAGAUGUGGAUGUGUGCACUUACGAAUGCAAAACACGUAGGUUUUGUUGUAGUGUAAUUCUUGGCUGUAAAUACAUAUUUGCUUGACUCCCACUGCUGUACGGUCCACAUGGCAUAUUGCAUUUUAUUUUGCCUCUAAACUUUUAUAGAUGGGGAGGGUUUUGGUAUUUGUUAUUAUAAGAUUUUCUGGUCUAGUGCUUUGCUCAAUGGUAAGUCUGCAUUUACCACAGCAGGGAGAGUCUAUUAUAAGCUGUUCUUUUUUUCAUGUUGUAGCACUAUUUCUCUCUCUAGUCUACUGAGCUGAAUUACCGCAUACUGGCAAAAAGGAAAGAGCAAACAGCGUGCCGCUGGCAUUUCGGCCAGGGACAGGAUAUCUAAAUUUGGCUUCAGGAUCCUUUGGGUCUGCUUCUAUUUCCACUGAAAUCUAUAGAGAAUGAGUCCUUAAUCUUAAAGAAAAAAGAAUCGAGAGCUGUAGUCUCAUAGGCCUGCAUUGUUAACUUUAGACAUAGUAGCUGGACCUCUUCUUUCAGAAGUGUUACUUCUAUGAAAUACAGCUUCAGUCAAAAUUCCUGUAAAAGAGAGAUCCUCCAGGAACUGUGAGUGAAUAAACUGUAGCGUGCUGAUGUCGCACUCCCCAUCACAGAGCAGUGUUGUUUGUGCAUCAGUAAACCACGCAGAGCGCUUCUGCAGAUAAGCACUCAGGCAAAUCCAUGUGGGACUAUUACAAUUUUGAACGAUUUAGUAACGUGUAAAAAAUCCUUGUGUUAGAACAGAGGCCAGCCUUCUGUCCAAGUUUCAGAACUAUUUUCCUUCCUAGUCAGAGUGAAGGCGGAGUCACAAUGUUGCACUUGGGGUCCUCGAGGUGGGACUGUGCGUCGGAGUGGAGUCCGUCCGUCAGGCCUGCAGCUCCUUUUGCUCAGAAAUCAGAGGUCAGGGUUUUGCGUGACUUGGCAUUUGAAUAUAUUGACCCGUGAUUGAUGGGGGGGAAAAGCUGCAUAGAAGAACAUUUUACAAGCUUUUAAACAUGACUCUCAUAUCAAGACAUUCUUUGUUUUAAAAUUUUGUAUUUUUGUAUGUGACCUAGUUUUUUCAAAAAAAAUCUUGUUCCUAUGAGAUUAGAAAACUUGAGAGAAGCAUUUACAUAUUUAUUAACAUAAAAUUAUGGCUUGCCUUUGAAAGGUAAAGUUGGUAAAUACACACUGUUUAAAAAUGCCAAUAAAAACCUCAUUUACUUCAUAUAUGCAAGUUGAUUUGCACAUGUAUAAAUAGAGUUGCUUUUUUGCAUUUUUUGCUUAGUUUGUUUCUUUUUGUGCUUUAUAGUCGCAGCUGUGUUUGUUUAUAUCAGAUUGUUUCUCCUACAAAUAUUUAAUGUUUAUGUGCCUUUUUUUUCUUUACUUUGGGGUUCGGAUGGCUGCUUUUAAUGUGGACACUGUCUGAACAAGUAUAAUGGAACACUAAUUGCAGGUAAAACCCAGUGCUUGAUCACUGUAUAUCUGUUAGCAGAAUGAAUUUUGAAAGGAUUUAAAUAACAGGAAGAUCCAAUCUAAACACAUAAGGUAAGGGUUAAUAAGAUAAGAGAUACCGUAACGUCACUGAUUCUUACCAAAAUUUGCUUCUGCCAGUGAAAUACCUUUCACUGAACGUCUGUCAUUUGGAUGGAUGUCUGUGUAAUGACAGAGAGCAAACUGCCCCUGCUAUAUUCUCCUGGGAGACAAUGCUAAUAGAAAACUUGUAGAAAUAGCCACAGUUGAUUUGAUUAACUAGAAGAAUUAAGAUCUGCAUCAAAUCUGGGAGGCGCUUGGUUUUUUAGAUACAGGUGAGUGUAGAUGGAAAUGCACGGGGUGACUCCUGAUGCUCCUAGUGUACAGUCCUCUUAUGUGAUCCAAAUGUAUGAGCCUCAGUGGAGAGGGAAUUCUGGCUGUUCAUCUGACUGCAGAAAUCUCUAUUUUUAUGCUCCUACAUUUCUGUAAAGAUGUUUUGCCUAACAGCUGCUGCUCCAGGUUCAGCAGCACAGGCUUGAGGACAGAGCCAGGUUUCUGUGCGCUCCCUGCUCAGCUCUGCUGCAGACACUCGCAGCAGUUUGUAACUUGCUCACUGCCAGGUCCUCGGGCUUGCCCAAAAUUACGAUCAGCUGCAAGUGAGGUUGUUCACCAACGUCUUCUCUCCUUGCUUAAUCACAUUGUUCCGUCUUUUAAAUCCUCCUGUGCAUCCUUGGGUUAUCCUCUAAAUGAAGACCUGCCUCCCCUCUCAGAAAUGAGUGGCCCCUCUAACUUACAAAGAUGGUUUACAAGCUGCUACUCUCGGUAUAAACAAAAUUCAAGUUGCUUUCUUAGGCAUGUAUUUUGUUCAUAGUGCAUGUCAGGACCAGAUUUUACUUCAAGGAAAAUUAAAGGGGAUGAAUGAGGCUGGGUACAAAUCUCAUCCAAGUAAUUAAUUUCACGACUCCCACUGGCCUCACUGGUAGCAGGACUCCUCUGUUAAUUUCAUUUCAAAUUAAAAAAAACAGCUCUCCCUUUUUAAUAAAGCACUAUCCUACAGGCUAAAGACUAAACCCUUGCAGGUUAUGCUGUGCAUGUUACCAGCAGCCACUUCUGCUUGCUGCUAUAGAUUUAUCAUCACUUAAGUUGAUGUUACUUACCAUAAUAGUAUCAUUUCAGAACGUGGUUAAAUAACUUUCUGCUCUGCAUUUUGGAGUGCUAGAGGCUAUUUUGUUUAGAUUGUUUGUUUUAAAGAGACCAUCAGUUACCAUUUUCAACUGUAAAGCCAUUUUUCGAGGGGUGCUAACUUUUCUAGCAUGGCUCUUUGUGACAUUUCCCCUGCAGCUGCUUUGCCUUCAGCUUUUGACUCACAUUUGGUUUCCAUUUGUGGGUCUCCUUUGUCCCCAGCAGUUCAGGGACCACUGUAAAGUUGAGGAGAACAAUGCACUGGCAGACGUAGGCUUCCAGUCAAGCUGGAAAGGCCAGGUACAGGUUUCAUGUAGGUAUGCUUUAAUAAUACUGCUGUAGCGUAGCAUUAAAACAUUUUGUUUAAUGGUCAGUGACUUAAAUCUUGUCUUCAUAUUUUUAAGUAGCUCUACAGUUGUUUUUUUUUAAGUUAGUUUUUAAAUUCCAAACAUUAUAUUUAAAUGGAAUGUGUAAAACAGCAAACUCCACGUAUCAAGUGUGAAAUGUUUACGGUAAGGAUGUGUUGGAAGUUCCAGAGGCUGAACCUCAGAUGUGAGGCAUUGCUCGUGUUCUUUCUUCCAAGGAAAAGUAACAAAGUGCAGCUUCCAUGUGAGUCAUCCUUUAUCUAUUCGUUUAAUUAAAACCAACGUUGGGUUCUGAUUCAGCAGACCUCUCCCAGCAGCACGAAGCCACCUGCUUAUUAAAUGGGUAAACAAAGUCAGGUCCUCAAAGCGCUGAUAAAAUGAGCUGUAACUCCAACUUCCCCACACACAGAAAUCACUUCAAAAAUGCAGUAGUAAUGAGAUCAGUAAUGCCCCUCUCUGCUGGGGGUUGGGGCCAUGUCCUUGUCUCAGACCUGGGAGCAGCGUGUCACUGCGUGCGGGCUGGCAGAGCUGUGGUGCUGUGUGCCCCGCUGUCCUCUCAUCUCGCAGCACUGACAGCGCAGCUCAGCCUUCCUGACCAGUGCAGUGCAGCCCCGCUGCAGCGUGCCCAUCACACGGCCCUGCCCAGCUCCCGGCAGCUCUGCAGAAGUUCCCGGUGUCUCACAGGUACAUGGUGAAUCAGGCUGAAUGGCUGUCUGAGGGCAGCUCAUUUUAACAGGGUUAUAUCCAGAACUCAUUGGUUGCAUUCAAUAACAGGCUUGCUGCAAUAUGGUGUCAGUGAAAACCAUUUUAUUUGGUUUUCACAAAGGAAUAUGGCAGAGGAGGAGGCAGUUUUUAGCGAAGGGAAAAGGGAGUAAAUUUUCUGAGAAAACUUCCCCUACAGAUUAUAAAGAGAGAGAAAUGUUAAAACAUAAGGGAAUGCUCACUCGGCUGGGUUGAGCUGAGUUCUCUCUCUGGCUGAGUGCAGCUGGGUGACAUGGAGCAGCUCUCUGCUUUCUGGUCCCAUUCCAUCCCUGGAGGCAUCUCCGUAGGGAAAGGCUAGAAAAUUCUGAGUAAGCCCUGUAGCACUGUAAGGGGAGAAAUCAAACAAAAACCUACUGAAAUCUGUGAAAACAAAAGCUGCUUUUUGCAGAAAAUAAUUUGGAGUCAGAGUUUGUAUAGUUCCGUGAGAACUUCAGGGUCAGGCUGCUUACUGUGCGUGUUCAGUUGGAAUUCUCUCCUAAAGUCUUGCCUCUUUGUUUUAUUUAAAUGGUUGUGUUCCACUAUAUUGCGUUCAAACAGUUUGAUUUGGAAAGAACAGAACACAGUGAUUCAGAUACUGUCAAGUUACUGGGGUUCAAUAGGAUAAGAUUAUUUUAUUUUUUUUAGAAAAUAAAUGUCUGUACUUUAAUGGCAUAGAAAAAUGCUUUGUUUUCACUGUUGUAGAAAAAAACUAGGGAGAACUUUAUUUUUCAAUAAACCUUUUUCUUGUGUGAUUUGGA